UUGCUUUCGAAGAUCAUAGAUAUACCACUGCUUUUUAGGUUUUAAAAAGAAUUAUUAGUAAUUUCUUGCUCUAGAAUAGAAAUUAGCUAGGUAGAAGUAAAUAUUUGGGGGUAAUUUGAGUAAGCUUCGGCUCCGAUGGAGUGGAGGGAAUGAAAUAUUACAAGUGAUUUUACAUUGGUGGUUCCAUGAGGAUUCAGCCUAUAGAUUUCACCUCACCUAAACAACCGUCUCCGGUUAAGCCUGUGGCGAAGUCGCGGUUCAAGCGGCUUUUCGAGAAGCAAUUUCCUGCCCUUCUGAGGACUCUGUCGGCGGAGAAGCCGGCCGGCGGUGAGGAGCCGAGCUGCAACAAAGAUGCCUCGGAUGAACCCUGCUCCGUUUGCUUGGCUAAGAUGGUUCAGAAUUUCAUCGAGGAAAGUGAGGAGAAGCAUAACCGAUGCUAUUGCCUCAACAGGAACUGUACGGACUCUGAGGAAGAUGCUGCCGAUUCAUGCAAUUGCUUCGGUGAAUCGAGCAAUAACUCCUCCUCCUCCUCUGCGGAUGCAUGUGAAAUUCUGAAACAGAGUUUGGUGGCUUGUGUGGUUGUAUCAGAGAGAAACCUCUUGGCAGACACAACUAAGAUCAUUGAGAAGAACAAGAUUUGCAAGCGAAAGGAUCAUGUCUGCCGGAUGAUCAUAGUGGAUGGCCUCAUAGCUCUUGGAUACGAUGCUUCAAUCUGUCAAUCUAGAUGGGAGAAAUCUGCUUGUAUACCUGCUGGUGAUUAUGAAUACAUUGAUGUGGUAAUUCAAGGAGAACGAUUGGUAAUCGACAUCGAGUUCAGAUCAGAGUUUGAAAUAGCUAGGUCCACAAAGACUUACAAGUCAGUUCUUCAAGCAUUGCCCAACAUUUUUGUGGGUAAAUGCGAUCGCCUGCAAAAGAUCAUUUCUAUAGUAUCUGAGGCAGCUAAGCAAAGUUUGAAGAAGAAAGGUAUGCCUGUUCCACCAUGGAGGCAAGCUGAGUAUGUCAAGGCCAAAUGGUUCUCUCCCUACACUAGAAUUGAUUUGACAUCUUCAAAGGCAGAGACUUGUUUGAAGGUGGAGGAGGAGGAGAGUGUGUGUUUGUGUGAAGCUAACUUGAAAGUGGGAAAGCCGAAGCCGAGUAGUAGGAAGGAAGAUGAUGAGAGUUGCAGUGAGUUUGAGGUGCUGAUGUUUGGAGAGGGAACUUCUAAGUCCAAAUCUUGUGGUGAAGAUGAUGAUGAUAAGGAGAUGGGUGUAGGUGAAGAAGCACGGGAGACUAAAGUGAAUGGAGGGAAGAAAAUGACUGGUUUAUCUUCUUUGAUUGAAGAGAAGGCUUGAAGUUUUGGAGCUUCAAUUCAAUGGUCUGUGUUUUAGUAUACUAACAAUAUAUUUUUUUUUUCUUGUUUUCUGCCCCUGGGUUUUGGUAUUUGGGGCACUAUAGAACGCAGUCCAAGUAUUAUAUGUCUUGGCCUAAGUAUGUCUUGAUCAAGUAAUGCCCUUCACCUUUUAAUGUAAGGGUACUAAGUGUUAAUGCAAUACAAUCACUAGUAGUAA